AUGGGCGGGGGACGAGCCCCUGGGCCCCGAGAAGGGGAGGGGCAGCGACAGACGGGAAAAGCCCCAGCGAGCCGCUGUGAUGCCGAGCGGGAGGCAGAGCCAGCGACCCCGGCGCGCCGCCUUCCCCCGCCGCCGCGGGCCAGGGCCCGGUGCCGCGGAGAUGUCGAGCCCCGGCGAGCCUGCAGCAGCCGCCUCCCCCGCAGCCUUUCAGACCCCCGGAAGCUCCACAAACACAAGAGCUGCUUCAAGCGCUCGGAUGGCAGCACCUCUUCCGACACCACCUCCAGCUUCCUCAAGAGGCAGCCUGCGAACGGGGCUGGGUUGCUGAGCCAGGCGCCGGGUGAGGAGGCAGCCGGUGCGUCUCCUCCUGGGAAGCAGCCACCCUGCAUGUCUCUCUCCAAUUCCAGUGUCUUCCUGCUCAACGAGGGCUCAGCCGAUUCCUACACCAGCCGGCCGUCGCUGGACUCAGACGUGUCCCUGGAGGAGGAGCGCGAGACGGCCCAGCACGAGGUGGAGAACCAGGCACAACAGCAGCUGGAGAGGGCCAAGCACAAGCCGGUAGCGUUUGCCGUACGCACCAAUGUCAGCUACUGCGGGGCCCUGGAUGAGGAGUGCCCGGUGCAGGGCUCCGCCAUCAACUUCGAAGCCAAAGACUUCCUGCACAUCAAGGAGAAAUACAGCAAUGACUGGUGGAUCGGGCGGCUAGUGAAGGAGGGGGGGGACGUCGCUUUCAUCCCCAGUCCCCAGCGGCUGGAGGCCAUGCGGCUGAAGCAGGAGCAGAAAGCCAGGAGAUCUGGCAACGCCUCCAGCCUCGGGGACCCCAGCAAGCGGCGAUCACCUCCCCCGUCCUUAGCUAAACAGAAGCAAAAGCAGGCAGAGCACAUCCCGCCCUACGACGUGGUUCCCUCCAUGAGACCAGUGGUGCUGGUGGGCCCCUCCCUGAAAGGAUAUGAGGUGACGGACAUGAUGCAGAAAGCGCUCUUCGACUUCCUCAAGCACAGGUUUGAUGGCAGGAUCUCCAUCACCCGCGUCACCGCCGACCUGUCCCUCGCCAAGCGCUCCGUCCUCAACAACCCGGGCAAGCGCGCCAUCAUCGAGCGCUCCGCCACCCGCUCCAGCAUCGCCGAGGUGCAGAGCGAGAUCGAGCGCAUCUUCGAGCUGGCCAAGGCCCUGCAGCUGGUGGUGCUGGACGCCGACACCAUCAACCACCCGGCCCAGCUGGCCAAGACCUCGCUGGCCCCCAUCGUGGUCUACGUCAAGGUGUCCUCGCCCAAGGUGCUGCAGCGGCUAAUCAAAUCCCGGGGCAAGUCGCAGGUGAAGCACCUCAACGUGCAGAUGAUGGCGGCCGACAAGCUGGUGCAGUGCCCGCCGGAGCUCUUUGACGUGAUCCUGGACGAGAACCAGCUGGAGGACGCCUGUGAGCACCUGGCCGAGUACCUGGAGGUGUACUGGAGAGCCACACACCACCCGCUGGGCAGCCAGCCCCUCCUGACGCCGCCCGCCGCCAUCCCGGGCCUGCAGAACCAGCAGCUGCUGGGGGAGCGGGGCGGGGAGCACUCCCCCCUCGAGCACGACAGCCUGAUGCAGUCGGACGAGGCGAGCGAGACCUCCCGCAAGCCCUGGGCGGCCGCCUCGCAGCGCAGCUCCCAGCCCCUGGAGGACGAGUACCCGGACCCCUACCCGGAGCUGUACCAGCCCCACCGGCACCACAACAGCGGCCUGCACAGCGCCAACGGGCACGACUCGCAGGACCGGCUCCUGCAGCGUGAGGCCGAGCAGACCCACAACGACAGGAACUGGCAACGCAACCGGCCCUGGGCCAAGGACAGCUACUGACGGGCCCCGGCCUCAGCCACCCCCCUCCCCGCUGUCAAACCAGCCCCAUGGGCCCACGGAGCCUGGCCUCCCGGCCACAGCCCUGGCUGACCCGCCCCAGCCUUCCCCCAAACACAGCCCCCCAGGUAGCUGGUGGGGUCACACACUCCCUGCUGUACCUAACUGGGGGGGAGGAAAAGCCAUCUGUCCUCAGGCCCCCUGCCCCUGCUAGGCAUUGCUCAGACAAUCUCCCAGGCGGGAACCCCCCGGUCCCCGCGCUGUUCCCACCCUGUCCAGCUGCAAGAGGAGAGGUCGGGAGCCAGGACACCUGGGUUCUAAGCACUGGCUGGCCCCUGCUCCAGGUCUGUUUCCCUGGUUGAAACUGCAUAGCUGGCAGUGCUUGCUCCAAGCCCCUCCGGCCCCCUUGCCCUCUUCCGUGGGGCUGGGCUCGGCUCCCUGGGGCAGGGCCUGGGAGUCCAGCUAACAGGGCACAAUUUGCUAAGUGAAAACCCCCCAGGGGAGGGUGAGGAGCCUGGAUGCUGCCCCCCUCUUUCAGUGGGGCUCAGCCCUGAUUCCUCCUCAGUCUGCGCCCAACAUCCAGCGGCCCAGCCCCACCGCCCACACCCGUAACCACUAGCAUCCAGCCACGACGCAGAGAAGCUUGUACGUAGUGCACCCCACCGCCCUGCGCUGGCUGGACUGGGCACUGGGCGCCCGAGGGGGGCAGAGGGAGAUUUCCCCCCUGGCUGGGGGAGCUGGGGCGAGCCCUCGGGGGGCUGGGAACCACAG